ACAAAAAAAAAGCUGGUUACUCUUAAGCGUGAUGAUAAUGGAAGCAGAUGAGUAUUAAAUAUUGAAUUUUGUUUGGGAUUUAUAUUUUCUAAACAGCCACAUGAUUGUAUUGUGAGCUUCCCUCAUUUCCAACAUAAAAAAGCUUCCCCUCUUCUUCAUCCUUUUGUUUCCAUCAUGCUUUUUCUGCAUUUCGAUGUGAAAAAAAACAGUUAAAAGAAUAUAAAAAAAACAUUACAAAAUUCAGGCUUUUUAGAGAACCAAAAACAAGGAGAGACACCCAAAGGCAAAGCCUAGAAAGUCAAGUCUACAUUUUCUCUCUGUCCCUUUAGAAUUUAACCCACCAAUUCUAAGUCUGGGUCUGGUUCAUAUAUCUCUGAAUUCUCUAUCUUCAUGCCUACAUGAGAGUUUAUUUUUCAUAGUGAAUUGUAAAAGAAUCAUUGUUUGAAAGAAACAAAGGGAUGAAGAAGAAGCUUGUGCUGCAUCUGCUUCUUUUCCUUGUUUGUGCUCUUGAAAACAUUGUUUUGGCCGUACAAGGCCCUGCUUCAUCACCCAUUUCUACUCCCAUCUCUGCUUCAAUGGCUGCCUUCUCUCCAGCUGGGAUUCAACUUGGAGGUGAGGAGCACAAGAAAAUGGAUCCAACCAAGAAAAUGUUAUUAGCUCUCAUUCUUGCUUGCUCUUCAUUGGGUGCAAUUAUCUCUUCCUUGUUCUGUUUAUGGAUUUAUUACAGGAAGAAUUCAAGCAAAUCCUCUAAAAAUGGCGCUAAGAGCUCAGAUGGUGAAAAAGGGAAUGGUUUGGCACCAUAUUUGGGUAAAUUCAAGUCUAUGAGGACGGUUUCCAAAGAGGGUUAUGCUUCGUUUAUGGACUAUAAGAUACUUGAAAAAGCUACAAACAAGUUCCAUCAUGGUAACAUUCUGGGUGAGGGUGGAUUUGGAUGUGUUUACAAGGCUGAAUUCAAUGAUGGUUCUUAUGCUGCUGUUAAGAAGUUGGACUGUGCAAGCCAAGAUGCUGAAAAAGAAUAUGAGAAUGAGGUGGGUUUGCUAUGUAGAUUUAAGCAUUCCAAUAUAAUUUCACUGUUGGGUUAUAGCAGUGAUAACGAUACAAGGUUUAUUGUUUAUGAGUUGAUGGAAAAUGGUUCUUUGGAAACUCAAUUACAUGGACCUUCUCAUGGUUCAUCAUUAACUUGGCAUAGGAGGAUGAAAAUUGCUUUGGAUACAGCAAGAGGAUUAGAAUAUCUACAUGAGCAUUGCAAUCCACCAGUCAUCCAUAGAGAUCUGAAAUCAUCUAAUAUACUUUUGGAUUUGGACUUCAAUGCAAAGCUUUCAGAUUUUGGUCUUGCGGUAACUGAUGCGGCACCAAACAAGAAUAACUUGAAGCUUUCGGGUACUUUAGGUUAUGUAGCUCCAGAAUACCUUUUAGAUGGUAAAUUAACAGAUAAGAGUGAUGUUUAUGCAUUCGGUGUUGUGCUGCUCGAACUUCUAUUGGGAAGAAAGCCUGUAGAAAAACUAGCACCAGCUCAGUGCCAAUCUAUUGUCACAUGGGCCAUGCCUCAGCUUACUGACAGAUCUAAACUCCCAAACAUCGUGGAUCCCGUGAUAAGAAAUACCAUGGAUCUGAAGCAUUUAUAUCAGGUUGCUGCUGUAGCUGUGCUAUGUGUGCAACCGGAACCAAGCUACCGUCCAUUGAUUACGGAUGUUCUGCACUCACUUAUCCCUCUUGUUCCUAUGGAGCUUGGAGGGACUCUAAGAGUUACACAACCUACGGCCCCUUGACCCUACAAACUGACUCUGGUGUACUGACAUGACUCGAAAAUCAAGACCGUAUUUGCUACGAUGACGACUGCCAUGCAAUUUUCGGUUUUGCAUCAAUUAAUCAUACAUCCGCAUCAGUUCCACUGGCUAACCAUAUGAAAAGAUUUGGUUAUAUAGUUCAUACCUUUGGGAGGAAGGAAGAUUGGAGGAGAAGAAGGAUUCCUGAUUGUUCAUAUCUUGUGUAAAUUGCUUUGUAUCUUGAUUUGCAUAUACAAUUAUACUUUGGACAAACCUUAAAUUCUCAAGGAAAUUACUUUUCCAAUCCAUUUUCUUUGGUUUAA